AUUGUAUCACAGAAAAAAAAAUGGCGACAUUCACGAAAGUAUAAAUUUGACAGCUGUAACGUUUCUGGCGAUACAUUUGUAUACUAAUUACAUGACAUUUGCAGUAAAGAUAUAGAAGAAAUAAUUAUUUAAAAAUGUCGAGCAUCACGAUAUCAGCCAUAAGACCGCGGACCGGUAUACUCGAUAAAUCGUUGAGCAAAGGUAAAGGAGAGGUUAGCUCGAGUUGUUUUGCCCUCUUAUUUUCCGAACUCGUACAGUACUGUCAAAACAGAGUCUACACUGUUCCGGAGCUACAAAAUAAAUUGGCGGAAAUGGGUGCCGAGGUCGGGCAUAGAAUAACGGAUUUGCUCGUGAUGCGAGAAAAGAAUGGUAAACGCGAGAUAAAAUUGCUCAACGUAUUGUUAUUCAUCAAAAGUACAAUGUGGAAGUCCCUAUUCGGCCGGGAGGCCGACAAGCUGGAACACGCCAACGAUGAUGAGCGUACAUAUUACAUCAUCGAGAAGGAAUCCUUGGUAAACAAAUUCGUAUCGGUGCCUAAAGACAAGGGAAGCUUGAACUGUGCCUCCUUCGUUGCUGGUAUUGUGGAAGCUGUACUUUGCGACUGCGGCUUUCCUGCAAAGGUAACUGCUCACUGGCACAAGGGAACUACGUAUAUGGUUAAAUUCGACGACGCUGUUGUCGCCCGUGAUAAACAACUUGAAGAUCGGUAAUAGAAAAAACUAUAUCAAAAAAAUAUAUAUAAUAUAUCUGUAUAAAGCUUAUCUUAAUUAUUAAGGUAUCGAUAAGGCCUUCAGUUAUCGAGUAUAUGUACAUUUUAUGUACAUGCGUUUUUUUUAUAUUUAAAACUGGCCUUUUUUGUGGAUUAAUCAAAUUUUACAAAGAUCUUCAUAUUUUUUUCUUUU